AGAGACACUGUGUGAGGGAGGGAUGGGGAGGAAGAGGGAGAGAGAGAUAUAUUAAUAAAGAAUAGCAAAGGCAGAACUCUAUUAGAAGGGAUGACAAGUAUAAAUUAACCUAAACUUCAAGGACUAUUUAAAUAGCUUUACUGAUCAGCCUUUACAACUUUGGUAAAGGUAGGGUAUUUUUUUCUUUGUGAUGUUCUAGAUUACAGUCAGGAAAGGCCCUUCAUUAUUUGCAGUAGAGCUUCGAAGUUAACGUAUUUUCAUUCAGAGUUUAAAGCAAUGGAUUUGUCAUCGACAUGGCUAUCACAACAAGAAGUGCAAGAUCAUGAUUUCAUGAACCAGUUUCAGAUGAUGAAACCUUAUCACAUGGUUGGUGACUUCAGUGUUGAUUCAUUUUCGUCAGAAAGCAACACCAAAAACCCAUCUUUUCUAGAUCAAGCUUUAGAAAUUCCCACAAGCAUCAAGGAACUAUCCAAUACGAAAAAGCUGUCUACUAAUAAGAUGACCAACAAUAUCAUCAAUAAACAUACUCCAGCGAAUGAAAACCCGAAUUCAAAACCAAAGCCUGUUCUUGAUAUUCCCAAUACUUUCACUAUAUCUUUUGGGGAUCUAAAACCUAAGGAUGAGAUCCUACCAUACAACGAUUCAUUUGAUUACGCAACAGGUACCAAAAGGGGUCCAAUCAUGAUCAGGAAUAGCAUCCAGCUUCGAGAUCAUAUGUUAGCUGAGAGGAAGAGAAGAGAGAAGUUGGCUCGACGAUUUAUUUCGUUGUCUUCCCUACUUCCCGGCCUCAAGAAGAUGGAUAAGGCAACUGUGUUAGAAGAUGCAACUAACUAUAUCCUAGAACUUCAAUGUCGCGUGAAGGAACUUGAGGGAAUAUCAAACUUAAAGACAAAGAAUAUGCAAUCAGCCAUAUCUGCAAAAAGAUCAAAGCUUAGUUGCAGUGAUGAUGGUGAUUCCUCAUACGAUGAAGCAAACAUUGGUGAGAGCCGUAGCGGUUGCAAUCCUGAGAUUGACGUGAGGAUGUCAAGUGCCAGUGUUCUAGUGCGAAUCUACUGCCGAAAGAAUUGUUUGUUAUUUGUGAAAGCGCUUAGUGAGAUUCAGAAGCUUGGUCUUUGUGUCACUAGUAGCAGUGCUUUGCCAUUUGCCCAUACCAAUCUCCUCAUUACCAUUGUUGCUAAGAAGAAUGAAGACUUCCUGAUGACAUCAACAGAUCUUGUGAAAAACUUGCAACUAACUUUUUCAACCUUAGAUGGCAUGGGAGUUCAAGAUUGCCACUCAAUGAUUGGUCACUAAUGCCUUCAUUUCCUUUGUUUACGACUAGCAAAAAAACCGAAUUAAAACUCUUAUCUUUCCUCUCUAAAAGUCUGGAACCAUAUCAUUUUACCAAGUACCCAACUAUUUCAACUUCAACAAGCUUCUCAUAAUUAGGGUUCUACCAUGGAGAUUCACAUAGGUAUAUUGGGAGUAGUAAAAUCAUUCUACGGGUCCUUUCCCAAUUUUACAAUUCUUAAGAUGGAUGGUUUUAUGGUGGGAAUGAUCCUUCAUUUGUGAUCUUUCUUGUUGUCACGUGUAUACUAAUUAGAUUGUAAUUUUUAGUAUUCUACUAAAUUUAUUUAGUGAGUAAUUAAGUUUAAUUUCAAUCA